AUGCAUGGAAGUGGACUAGAAGGACCGAUUCCAUUGAGUAUAUCUCUAUUGAAGAACUUACUUCAGUUUUCCUUCGUCAUCGGAUUCUCUGGAGCAUUUGGCUUGUUAAGAAUCCUAAUUUACAAGGUAUAUGUGGAUGGAACAACUACCAUGUCUACUCAUGAAAGGAAAGCUAGCAUUAGAGAAUUCUAUGUGGUAAUUUAUCCGUCUUUGUUACAACUUCAAAAAGGGGUUACAGAUUCAGAGGAUAAGAAACAGAAGGUUAUUUGUAUGGAGAGGUAUCGAAAAAGAGACAAUGAGGAUCAUCAACAACAUUCUGAUAUAGACACUGAAAGAGAAGAAGAAUGUGGAAUAUGCAUAGAAGUGAAUAGUAAGAUUGUGUUGCCUAACUGCAUCCAUGCUAUGUGCCUGAAAUGUUACCGUGAAUGGUACUCACUCUUUCUUGGUUGCUAUUGCAUCAUGAUUCUUUGUACUUCUCCAUCAAUAUAUUUUUGGAGUUGAAUGUUAUUUGGCAGUGUUUAGGGUGCUUUCAUGCUUAGUUGUUGAUUAGCACUAGAAUAUUGUUAUGAGAAAGAAGGCAAUGAAGGGCAAUAUUGACUACA